AUGAGGACCACGGCGUGGUGGAUUUGCGCGUUGACGCUCUUACUUACCGUUUUAAAUGUCCAUGGCAAGACAAGUAAGAAGCAAGAGAUGUUGCUUAAAGAGGCCCUAAAAUCUCCCUCUGGCGUGCUGCGCUUGACAGAGAGCACCUACGACACUCUGUUGGCAGCGCCUCGUGACUACAGCGUGUUCAUCGUUCUCACUGCGACCAACCCCAGAUUCCAAUGUGCUGCUUGUAAACUAAUUGAAGACCCAUUUAAGCAAGUGUCUAAUGGAUGGAAUUCGCGCAAAGACCGCGACAAGCUAGUCUUUGCUGUCGCGGAAGCGGAUGAGGCUACGAAUCUCUUCCGUCGUCUGGGAUUGACACAUGUUCCUGUCAUGAGCCUUUAUAAACCUGCACCGAAUGGAAAAGCACCUGCACCUAUCAGUUACGAUGUUUCGCUGAAUGGAUAUGGUACAGAUGACUUGACAGACUUCCUACACAAGCAUCUGGACGUGAAAAUCAAGCCUAAGAAGCCCAUCUUUACAGAAAAGACACUCAUGAUUUUGUGCGCGAUUGUUAUUGGCGGUGGUUUCAUGGCCUACAUGGCUGUAAAUGUCAAUGUGGAUCAUGGUGUUCGGGGUGUGGCUAUGGUGAUUUGCAUCGGUCUCAUCUUCACCUUCACAUCAGGUUAUAUGUGGAACGCGAUCCGCAACCCACCUUUCAUGCUCGCUAACAGGGAUGGAUCCCCACAAUUUUUUGCACCUGGCUUCCAAACGCAAAAUGGUGUCGAAUCCAGCAUCCUUAUUGCGCUUUACGCCGGCUUGGUCCUUUCCAUUCUUGCUCUCACCAACGUGGCUUCUAGCAUCACAUACCCCAUGGCACAGCGCCUAGUCAUCGUUUUAGGCCUGAUCCUCUUCUUGGGUCUGUUUAGUGCUUUGAUCAUGGUGUUUGAUGUGAAAAGCCCGGGUUACCCGUUCCGUCUAUUCCUUUAA